CUUUACAGAGAAAUUGUAAUUUGUAUUGGUCAGAAGGAACAGUUUUCAGCUGCUCAGGUGAGAUUACCUUGACAAAAAAGUGUGGUGGGUCUUAUUUUAUAGUAUUCCCAAAAAGGAUGAGAUAUAUGUAGUGAAAGCAAGCAAAUUAGUGUUAUAUUUUUAGUGUCAUUUUUUAGAGAAUGAAAUUUUAUGUUUCAGAUAUUACUGGCUGCAAGUGCAGAAAGUGUUGCCAAGCAUGUUCAGACACUGGUACAAAUCUGUAAGUCCGCUCACCAUUGUGACGAGCGGGCCUGGCUGACUUCUGACAUGACGAAAGGUGAAGCUUUUCUCCUGCAGUUUCCGUCCAUCAAUUCCCUUUUGGCCCAGCUUUUAUUGUGGAAGCAUACAGUUGAAGAACUUAUCAAAAUGUCUUCAUCUGAUCUUGAGAAGAACUUUCCACACAUACCUCCAAAUGUGUUUAAAAUUUUUUGUCUCCAAAAAUCUAAGUGGAAACAUUUGCAACAAUGCUCGGAAAACAGUUCUCAAACUUCAGCUGAUACCAGUGUCACUAGCGAAAAGUCAUUUGACUCUGCUAACAACAGGACAAAGUCUCCUCUGUGCUCUCCCCCUAGUCCAACUUUGGAUCCAAGGGAUUUCAAAGGUACCCACAUGAAUACUUCUGGGUAUGCUGCAGCUGUCUCGUUCAAAAAGAUGACUGCUUUUGACCACAGGGGUACCCACAUCAAUCAGAGUACUGCCUCUAUGAAAGAGGUGAAUAUUUUUGAGUCUGCAAGUAUGCAUGAUAAUCAAGGUGCUGCUUCAUCUAAAGAGCCAGCUUCCCUAGUAGAAAAAACAUUAAGGCAGUCAAUAUGUAAACCUUUGAAACCCUGGGAGUGUGGUGCUGCUCUGACAGAUUGUACCCACAAAACGUUUGACCCUUUACAACAUGAUGUUCCUUGCGACGUACAUGAAACAUCUUUUGAAAAUUUAUCGUCUGUGCUGCAUGCCCUGGAGCCUGAUGGAAGAAGUUUAGUUCCUUUCGAGCAAAAGAAUAACGUUUUUUCUUCAAAGCGGUCUGAUGUUGUACACACUUCUGAUAUUGAUACAGCAGGUAGAUGGAUUGCGUUUGAAAAUGUAGCUAAACAAAGACAUGAGUGCUCAGAGUGGAUGACUUAUAGGUCAGAUCCCACAACUCACUUGCGUUGUUCGGAGCAAGAAAGCUAUAACCAGUCAAGGCCAUUGCUCAGUGGUCAGUCGUAUGAAGACAAAAGACUGGAUCACAUGUUGUCUUUGUACGGCUAUGCUAGCAGAAAGAGAGCUCAUGACUUUCAUAGUGACUCUUACCUCCAUCCUCAGUCUCCAACACUAUGUGCAGAACAUGGAUCGAGUCAAAUGAAUAAUUUUCGUCAAUUUGAAAAUAAAUUCAAGAGCCACUGGGAAAUGAAACAAGAAAAUGACUUAGAUUUAGCUCAAGUAAGGCUAAAUCCUGUCAUAUCAAGUAGGUGUAAAGGAAAUUCUUUGAUCCCGAUGGCUGCCACUACUUUUCCUGAAUUUUUACAAGGUUAUAAUGAUGAGCAGAAAAGUUUCAACUAUGAGCGCAGCAACUAUCAACCAGAGUUCAAACUGUUGCAAAGAGACUGUAGGGAAAUUGAAGCUCAUGAUCUAGAAGAUGAAAUACUUGCUCAUGCAUCACCCGGUUCCUGGGGCACUCAAGAAUUUCGGAGCAGUGAGGGCAUUGCGCACCAUAGCUUUUUAUGGAAUGAUGGUAGGAGAAUAGACAUGGACGACACCUUGAAUAAGGAAUACUGUAAUGAAAUCUACAGAAAACCGCUGGGCCCUAUUGAAGAAAAUUUACUUCUGUCAAAAUCUGAACAGUUUGCGAGACUGUCGUCUGCUGACUUCCGGGACAAAGAUGAAACAUUUAGAGGUCACACCAGUGAUCCCAGUCUUCAGACAUUUAGAGAUGCUCUCAACAAACCACGUGCUUCAUCAGCCUCAAGUUUAGAGAAAACAAAAUCUCAUUAUGAAUUGACAUCAGGCAGAACAACUAGACAAACUCCUCAGUUUAGUCAUUUUGAAAACAAUGGCAACAAUCCUCUAGCUCAACAGCAUUCUACCAUAAAUGUGGCUGAACAGAUAAACAACCGAAAUAGUCCCUUUCAUACAAAAGAGCACAACUUAAUCCCACAACAUUCCUUGUCAGAUAUUGAAAUUUUGGAUUCGACAAAUGAGAAAGUUCAUUUUCCAGUUUCCAGGACUCUCAAACGCAAGAUACAAGAGGCAGCAAACGGGCCUACUCAACGUCCACCUGAACUCAGUAUGUUUGCUGACAGUUUUCGAAACAGUUUGAAAGUCAAAAGACCUUUGUAAGCUCUUAUUGAAUUGAUGCGGAUAAUCAUGAAUGAAUGCCCUUGUGGUUCUUAUAGGCUGGAGUGGAAAACAAAAAGAAACUCAGUACAGCAGCAGUAGGUUCCAACCCCUUCAGAAGUGGAAUGACCCAUUUGAAUAUUUGUGCUCAAGAUAAUGUAAUAAUUGAUUUGGGGUAUCCUCUCUGCCUUCUUUUCUUCUUCCUCUAUUCUUUACUGUCAAUAAUGAGUGUUUGAGAGCUCUGGUUUUCAAUCAUCUUUUCAUAUCAAUAGUACUUAAAUUCUGUUAUAAAAAACAAACAAAACAACAAGAAAAAAACUAUGUGAUUCACAGCUUUUCUUCUUCCAUUUAUCACGAUCUGGCCCUUAACAAAAGCAUCACAUUGUGUUGAUUUUCGGUGAAGUUGUUAAAAUUCCUGUUUAUAUGAUAGAUUGGACGAAAUGUAUUUUGUUUUCGUAGACUUAAACAUAGGAAUGAAUCAGUGUAGUUUUGUCUUGAGUUAUUGAAGAUGUUUUAGCUUUCAUGGGUCUUGUUUUGCAAUGUAAGAACAAUGCAUGCCCUGGCUGUAUUGCUUUGAGCCGGCCAGGGGGUAUAUUUGUAUAUUAUUAUAAGUCUUCUGUUCCACCAACAAGAAGGUCAGCCACCUCUUUCUGGCAUUCCUUUUACAGUAGAACAUGACUAUAGUAACACCAUCCCUACGGCGGGACCUUACCAGAAUCCCUGUUUUUCUUCCUAUGUAAACUCAAUUACUUAUGCUUGGAUAUAGCAGGGCAAGGAAAGUCCCGAACUCGGAUACAGCGGGAGAGAUCGAGCAAGCUCUAGC